AUGGCCAUGCUUGCAGCGCAACCAUUCUUGUUCUUCUCAUCACAAUCAAAUUCCAGAAUCUCAAGACCAUGCCUUCCCCUUCCUCAACUCAGCUCCAUUCAUCUACGUUCACGCAAUUCUAAGAUUCAGUUUCCACUAAUUUCAUGUUCUUCAUCUCAAACCCCAGAAACUCAAACUCAAACUCAAACUGCUGAAUCUUGUGUCAAUUUGGGUCUUCAACUUUUCUCCAAAGGAAAGGUUAAAGGUGCUUUGACACAGUUUGAAACAGCGCUUUCUUUGAAUCCAAAUCCUCUAGAGGCCCAAGCUGCUUUCUAUAACAAAGCUUGCUGCCAUGCUUACAGAGGAGAAGGAAAGAAAGCUGCUGAAUGUCUUCGCACUGCCUUAAGAGAUUACAAUCUAAAAUUUGGCACAAUUCUCAAUGAUCCAGACUUGGCCUCCUUCAGAGCUUUGCCUGAAUUCAAAGAACUACAAGAAGAGGCGAGACUUGGUGGGGAAGAUGUCGGUUCUAGUUUUCGAAGAGAUUUAAAACUUAUCAGUGAAGUUCAAGCACCGUUUCGUGGGAUUAGGAGAUUCUUUUACGUAGCAUUUACAGCAUCCGCAGGAAUAUCAUUGUUCUUUAAUGUACCAAGGAUAUUACGUGUAAUUCAAGGUGGUGAUGGUGCUCCUGAUCUCUUGGAAACCGCUGGCAACGCUGCCGUUAACAUUGGAGGUAUUGUUGUUUUUGUGGCAUUAUUCCUUUGGGAGAAUAAAAAAGAGGAGGAACAGCUUGCGCAAAUAUCCCGAAACGAGACACUAUCAAGGUUGCCUUUGCGCCUGUCAUCUAAACGUGUAGUUGAACUCGUGCAGCUAAGGGACACAGUUAGGCCGGUUAUAAUAGCUGGGAAAAAAGAAUCAGUGACUUUGGCUUUGCAAAGAGCAGAUAGAUUUCGCACCGAUCUUGUUAGGCGUGGUGUUUUGUUAGUUCCUGUCAUCUGGGGAGAAGGUAGAAAAACCAAAAUUGAAAAGAAAGGUUUUGGCCUUCGACCAAAGGCGGCCGAGGCACUUCCAUCCAUUGGGGAAGAUUUUGAGAAGCGGACACAGUCCAUAACUGCACAAUCAAAACUGAAAGCUGAAGUUAGGUUCAAGGCUGAGGUUGUAUCGCCAGCCGAAUGGGAACGGUGGAUAAGAGAUCAGCAGAAGUCUGAAGGAGUUCCUGUUGGCGAAGACGUGUACAUAAUACUGCGCCUAGACGGGCGAGUUCGAAGAUCGGGGAAAGGUAUACCUGACUGGCAGCAAAUUGCGCUUGAGCUUCCGCCAAUGGAUGCAAUUUUAAGCAAACUGGAAAGAUGA